GUCCACUGGUUGAGGGGGAGUUAAUUUUUCCUGCAUCGAAGUGUUUCUAUCGGGGAUUUUUCUUCUUAUCGGGUGGGGAUAGGUCGGUAACUAUAAUUAUUAUGCCGGCUUACUGUACGGUUAGUUUAUGAUUAGGAUUGCGUGAUUCGUAGUUGGCAGGAUUAAGGACAGGGGUUGCAUUGGAAUGCUCGUAGGCGCAGGUUAGUAAUCUGCUACAUUUGUUGCUGAGGAAAUGCAUCGCUACUUACUAGUAGUAGUCCUUACUAUCGGUGCUGACUGCUGUCCAGUAGUCCUACGGGGUGGGAAGAAGCUGACCGGAAACAGAAAGCAUCGCGGAAACAUACGGAGUACAAUGCAAAUUAGUAAUACUCCAGUUGGCUUACCGAAAAAUACACGAGCACAAAUAAGCACAAAUAAAGUUAUGCAAAACUGAUU